GCGGGGGAGCCAGAACAGCGCGCCGGGCAGGGGGGACCUGCCCGGUCCGACCCGAGGGGGAGGAUGGACACUCCAGCCGCGUUCUGAGCCUGUGUGGAAGAUAACAUCCUUAAGCUACAUCACCCAGUCGUCCAGCCUAAGCCACCCACUCCCCCGUCCCCUGUACUACUAGAUCUCCCGGAGUCGGAAGCGCGAAAAACCGCGCGAUGGCAGACAGCUUGAAGAAGCUGGCCAAAAGCGAAUCUUUACAAGCGCUGCAGGAUAAAGUCACCUACUGGGUCAAUGACUACAACACAAACUCCUGUGAUCAAAAUCUAAAUUAUUGCAUCGAACUCAUCGAACAAGUUGCUAAAGUGCAGGCACAGCUCUUUGGGAUCCUCACAGCGACGGCCCAAGAAGGGGGAAAUAAUGAAGGCGUGGAGACAAUCAAGUGUCGCCUUUUGCCCUUGCUGCAGACGUCCUUCAGUUCUCUAAACGUGGGGAAAACGGCUGAGACUGAGAUUUGUCAGGAUUUCCCACUGAGAAGCAAAAACAGAGACAGUUCUCUGGGUCAGGACCAACAUCAAUCAGACGAUGAAACGUUCUCAGAGAAUCAACCAAACCAGGUUCAAGACGAUCUGGCUGAAAAUGGAAAGAGUCUUGAAGGAACCAAGAACGGAUCAACCAUAUCCCUCCUGGCGGCCGAGGAGGAGAUAAAUCAGCUAAAAAAGCAGCUCAAAUCUCUUCAAGCUCAGGAGGAUGCCCGCCACAAAACCUCGGAGAACCGUCGCUCUGAGGCUUUGAAAAGUGAGCAUCGAAGUUCAAACAAACGAACCCAGGACCAACGGACCCAAGAUGUGGUGUCCAACUAUGAGAAACAUCUGCAGAAUCUGAAGGACGAGAUAGCUGUCCUGUCUGCUGAAAAAAGUGGUCUCCAGGGAAGGUCUGCCAGGAGCCCGUCUCCUAGCCCAGGCAACCGCCACCGCCAUCGUGGCCGCAGCCGCAGCCACAGCCGCAGUCGCAGCCGCAGCCACAGCCGGUCCAAUAGCCCCUGCACCACAGUGGCCAAGGUCAGAAGCCCGUCCCCAAACCGUUCCAAAAUGUCCAGCGUGGCUCGCAAAGCUGCUCUCCUGUCCCGAUUCAGCGACGCCUAUUCCCAGGCCCGUCUGGAUGCUCAGUGCUUGCUGAGGCGUUGCAUCGACAGGGCAGAGACGGUGCAGCGGAUCAUUUACAUCGCUACAGUGGAGGCAUUUCAUGUAGCUAAAAUGGCAUUCAGGCACUUCAAGAUCCGAGUGAGGAAGAUGUUGACACCAUCGAACGUGGGCUCUAAUAAUGACUUUGAGACCGCAGUCUCUGAAUACAUUGUUUGUCACCUGGACCUGUAUGACUCUCAAAGCAGUGUCAAUGAUGUGAUCCGUGCCAUGAACGUCAACCCCAAGAUCUCAUUCCCUCCUGAAGUUGACUUCUGCCUCCUCACGGACUUCAUUCAGGAGAUUUGCUGCAUCGCUUUUGCGAUGCAGUCUUUAGAACCACCCCUCGAUAUCGCAUUCGGGGCAGAUGGGGAAAUCUUUAAUGAUUGCAAGUACCGCCGCAGCUAUGACUCGGACUUUACUGCUCCCUUGGUCUUUUAUCACGUGUGGCCUGCUCUCAUGGAGAAUGACUGUGUCAUUAUGAAGGGAGAAGCUGUCACCAAAAGAGGGGCUUUUUGGAGUUCCGUGAGACCAGUAAUGCGAUGCCGUAGCAGGAGCUUAAGCCCCAUUUGUCCUCGUAAUCAUUUUGGAAUAAGCACGGUAUCUCGAAGUCGAAGCCCUUCUCCAAUAAGAUGUACAUUCGCAAGGUACUGAAUCCACCAGCCACGUUCCUUUGCCACCGUUGGAACAGCCAGCUUCCUCAGAGCACCCACCCACCUGCCUUGUCUGCCUCUGACCUCGCUUAACAUGAAAUGAAAAGACAAUUCUGUGUGUCACUCCGCA